AUGAAGCUUAAUAUUCUCACCGCCUCCACCCUUUCCGCUAUUUCCACACUUACCAGUGCAUACAAUCUUACCCUGUAUACCGACGAAAGUUGCUCAGAGGGUGGCACAGACUUUAGUGCUCCUGACUUCCAAGGUGGCCAGGGAACUGUUGGUACAUGUACAACUAUUGGCUUCCAAGCCAAAAGCGCCUGGUUCACCCAAGACACCGACACCGAGCAGCAACUCAGUGGUUGGGACGAUCCCCAGGAGACUUGCAUAGCUAGCGAAUCCGGCCAAAGCGAUGCUGAUGUCACCUUAUAUACCUACCAGCCAGUAGACAUGAGCUGCCAAGACAUUACGGACGGUAUCUACAACGCAGGAGAUGGAAUUGCAAGUUUCUUGGUUGGCGUUGUUGGUUAA